CCCAGCUAAACCACAACUCUAUCCAAAACCUCAAAACUCUCACAGCCCCACACACACAGCUGAGAAUCAUAGUGAUAGACAUGGGUGGCUGUGUUUCAUCUCCAAAAACAAAGACAAGUAAAGGCAGUAUUGGUGGACAAGGAAAACAAGUACAAGCAGACGGCAACAAACAAGAGGAUGAGUUAUCAUCCACCAAGAACAAGAGCAAGACAACAAAGGUGAUUCACAUGGACAUGGAUGGUUGGGUCCAAGAAUUGAAGCAACCAAUCCAAGCCAAAGCAAUCACUUCCCAGAACCCAAACUGCUUCCUCUGCAGCUCCGAGUCCUUAUCCAUUGGCACGUGCGCACCCCAAGUGCCCGACGAUGAGGACCUACAACCAGGCCAUAUUUACUUCCUCAUGCCAUUGUCUCGGGCCCAUCAGCCUCUCUCACUCCCUGACUUGUGUACUUUUGCUAUAAAAGCCAGCUCUGCUCUUCGUGCCAACGAUGUUGACCUUUGACUUUUCCUUAAUCAAUUACUCCUUAUUAUUAGAACUUCA